AUGUCCCAGUCCAAAGACCACUGGUCAUCAGAGGCAUACGCCACUUCGGCCUCCUUCGUCCCCAAACUGACCCAGACUGUCCUCCGCUACCUCGACCCGAAGCCAACCGACCGAGUCCUGGACGUCGGCUGCGGGGACGGCAAGUUCACCGAGGCCUUCAUCCCCGCAGUCGAGUAUGUCCUGGGCGUCGACAGCUCCCCUGCGAUGAUCGAGUCUGCCAACAAGGACUAUGCCGGGCCCAAGGCGGCAUUCCGCGUCCUGGACUGCUGCUACCUGGAGCAGGACCCGUCCGUCGUGAAUGGCCAGUGGGACAAGGUCAUUUCCAACGCGGCUCUCCACUGGAUCCUGCGGAAUGAGUCUACGCGCGUGUCCACUCUGCGCGGCAUCUAUGGCUGCCUGAAACCCGGCGGUACGUUCGUUUUUGAGAUGGGCGCCCACGGGAACGUAGGCGAGGUUCUCACGGCCCUGAUCUACGCACUCGUGCAACAGGGCAUUCCAAUAGAGAGGGCCAGAGAGGUCGUCCCGUGGUUCUUCCCGUCGGCCGACUGGAUGACCAGCACGCUGGAGGAUAUCGGCUUCAAGGUCGAGAAGAUGGAGACCGAGUAUCGGCCGACCAAACUCACGUCGGCCGCGGAGGGCGGUCUGGCGGGGUGGGUGCGUCUGAUGGGCGCGCAGUUCCUCGAUGUGCUGCCCGUUGAAAAGCGUGAGGACGUCGUCCAGCAGAUUUGCGAUGUGCUUCAGACGGCUGUCACCCGCCCCGAAGACGGGAGUCAAUGGUUGGGUGAAGGACAUGCGCGUAUAUACAACUGGAUGUUUAUCUUUGUCGCUCGGCUCUUUGCCGCAUGA